GCACCAUGUGUAGGCCGGGCUUGUCGGUAACCAGCCCGUGUGUACAAGGUUUCCGCUGAGUUGCAGACAUGUGGAUUAAGGAGUGGGCUUUAAAAGUUCCUCCUUUGUUCUUGUUCAUUCUUUGCUGCUGGACAAACGCUAACUAGACAAAAUGACCCAGAAGGCGGUACUCGUCACAGGCUGCUGCUCUGGGAUCGGCCUCGCCUUUGUUGCCCGCAUCUCAAAGGACGAGAAGAAAAAGUUAAUGGUCUAUGCCACCAUGAGGAACUUGAGUAAGGGUGAGGCGCUGAUCGAGGUGGCCGGUUGGACCCUGGGCAGGACUCUGGAGAUCAAACAGGUGGACGUAUGUGACGAGGACUCCAUCAAAGCCUGUGUGGACAUCUUAAAUAACAAUGCUGGGAUGGGUCGGAUUGAGCCUAUCGAGUGCCAGUCCAUCGACGAGAUGAAGACUGCCAUCGUCACCAACUUCUUUGAUCUUGUAUGCCUGCUGAAGGAAAUCCUCCCUGACAUGAAGAGGAGGAAAGGCCACCUUGUGGUCAUGGAGAACAGACAUGGCAUCAUUCAGGAACCCAUCAGCCUGAUUGAGCCAGGUCGUGAGUUUGAGCCUAAAGUCUAAGAGGAGGGCAUGAAGACUGAUCUCAGCAAAGCUGACAAGGUGACUGCCGACAUGCUCUUCACCAUCUACUUGAAGAACUACAAUCAGAUCUUUGAAAACAUUGGGCAGACUGCUGAAGAUGUAUCAGACAAUCUUCACUCACCGUUUUAACACAACCGAGAUGAGUUACAAUGGUUUAUGUCUGCUCUGUUCUUUGUUCUUCCCCCAAUAGCAUACUUUCAAGAUCAUCACACGGUCUUCAACGCCAGUCUGAACUUCCUCAAACUUCUUCGCUGGAGAAGCCGAAAAAGCUUCACCUUGGAAAAGGACGAGAGCAACUAG